UCAGGGACCGAGGAUUGCCCCCUCUAUUGAACCCCCUCUAUAUUACGCUGGAAUUCGGCCCUCGGAUUUUAGAAGAGAAUCUUUUAAUUUGCAUGGGGUAGAAUCAUCACUUUGUCUUGUAUGGUUUGCAUUUGGGGCCGGUGCUUUACCUGUGGCGUGCGCAUGGAUGGAUAGAUGGAGGACGCAGUCUAUUGAGUGCAUGUGUAGUGUUUAAGGGUAACCAAAUAGGCCUAUUUCAACCUAAAAUCACUGCGUACAUACGGCGGAGGGUUCACAGUUCACCCUCAUAUGGAUGGAUCCUUCGUUCGGACUGGUACCCAUGGAAUACAAAGAGCACGCUGGUGAACAUGUCUGGCUGCGGGAAUCCACACCUCUGAAGGAGCGUCCCAGCAGACCUCCCCUGACGGAGAAGCUCCACCUGAACAUCACCAUCUGCCGCUCGUCUCCAUAGCCCCAGCCAUGAGGGCGACUUUGAGGUGAUCCGGUUUGGACUGCGCCCCUGCGGGAUCCGGGGAGCUCCGUGCCGUGUGGAAUUAUCGGCGUGCACGUUGUCUCAGCACUAGGAUUCCUUUGUGUCAAAGGUUUUUUCUUUUUUUGGGUGCAUUUGGAGCUGGGGCUCCAAAAACAGAGUCCACCGUUGCACCCAGGUCCUCUGUCUUUGUGACCCUCAGCAGAGAUGGCAGCCGGCCGGCAAGAGGCGCCGGAUCAUCAGCCUGAAAACGGAUUCACGCCGCUGGAUCACACGCCACCCAGACUGUUACCCAAGAUAGAUGCGUCGGUCCUGCCGUCCCUGGGGGGUUUUGGAAAGCACCAGAAGCAGCUCGUGGUUUUGACUUGGAUACCGGCCUUAUUUAUUGGAUUUAGUCAGUUCUCCGAUUAUUUUCUUUUGGCGCAACCCAAUGGGACGUGUGUGCAUCCCCCGGCCAACGACAGUAGCUGGACCGGGGCGCCGCCGCUGCUGGCAGCCCCCGGCGGCACGCCCGCGUUUCACCUCGGCAGCAAUGAGACCGGCGAGAGUUACAGCGGAGGCAUGGCCAUGCUCUGCGCUUGCAAGGAGUGGAAGCUGGAGCUGCUGACGGGACUCAGUCAGAAUGUUGUUACCAAGUGGAACUUAGUGUGCGACUCUGCCUGGAAGGUCCACAUUGCCAAGUUCUCUCUACUGGUGGGCUCCAUAUUUGGCUACCUGGUGAUGGGUGUCAUGGCUGACUGGUUUGGCCGGCAGCCUGUGCUGAUCCUCUCGGUGCUGUUCAUGCUGGUGUUCGGCCUGAGCGUGUCCUUCUCCGUCAACGCCACCAUGUUCAGCACGCUGCGCUUUUUCGAGGGCUUUUGCCUCGCCGGCCUCACGCUCUCCCUCUACGUGCUCCGGAUUGAGCUUUGUCUGCCAGACUGGCGCUUUUCCAUGACUAUGGUGGCCAGUUUUCUGAUGGUGGCAGGGCAGCUUUUGAUGCCAGGAGUCGCAGCUUUGUGUCGUAAUUGGCCAGAUCGGGAUGACUGGCAGGUGCUCCAAAUCGUUAUAAUCAGCCCCUUCGUCCUGAUGCUGCCCUACGUCUGGAUCUUUCCUGAGUCUCUCCGCUGGUUGCUGGCUACCCAGCACUACAGAAGGUCCAAAGUAAUGAUGCUACGCAUUGCCAAGAAGAACCAGGUUGAUAUGACAACCGAGCCCAGCGGGGUUCUGAUAGAGUUGGAACAGGAACUGCACAAGAAACCCCAAAGGACCUGCAUCGUCAAGAUGAUGAGCACCAGGAACCUGUGGAAAAACAUUGUGGUGCUCUGUGUCAACUCGUUGACGGGCUACGGGAUCCACCACUGCUUCUCGCGCAGCAUGAUGGACCCUGAGGCUCGGCUGACGGCCAUGUGCCACACCGACUACUACACCAUGGCGGGCAUCGCCCUGGCAACUUGCCUGGCGGUGUGUCCGGCGGUGGCGCUGAUGGGCAGGCGGGGCGGGCUCCUCACCUUCAUGAUCAUCACCGCCCUGGCCUCGCUGCUGCAGCUGGGUCUGCUCAACCUGAUCGGGAAGUACAGCCUUCGUCACGACACAGUGCUGCGAGACACACUGAACCGGAAGUUCUCUGUGGCCUUCUCCAUCAUCGGCAUGUUCUCGUCUCACGCCGUCAGCACGCUCAGCAUUUUCUUCUGUGCCGAAAUCACGCCCACGGUCAUCAGGGGUGGAGGCCUUGGCCUGGUGCUGGCCAGCGCCGGCUUCGGCAUGCUCACCGCCCCGAUCAUGGAGCUCCACAACCAGAAGGGCUACUUCCUGCACCACGUCAUCUUCGCCUGCUGCACCCUGCUGUGCAUCAUCUGCCUGCUGCUGCUGCCAGAGCCGCGCGGCCAGCCGCUGCCCGAGAGCCUGGCAGACGGGGAGAGCUUCACCCGGCAGACCCUGCUGCGGCCCGGGGAGCAGCACCUCCUUCUGGCCAAGACAGACAGGGACUACUCCCGCGUGCACGACACGCCCAUCCAUCUCACAGCCACAGGCAGCGCCACCGUGGCAGCGGCCACCGCUCUGGCAGCGGUGCCCGCCUCAUACGCCCUGGCGACUGGAGGAGAGCUCCUCGACAACUGUGCCGUAGCCAAUGGGGUGAAGGCGUCGUAGCGGAUAGCGGUCGGGUCACGCUGUUAAUCAUGUGGAAAAAUGUAACCUCUUAGCCUGUGGGGUUGAUGAGCUGGUAGGUGCCCAGGGAAUUACAUUUCAGAUUAAACCAAAAAAAAAGGAAAAAUUUGUGUAAUGAAAUGACAACUCUGAUUGAAUGGGGAACAGACUGGAGGGUUGUGUUGAGCCAGCAGCUCAAUGUUGAAGGGGUUUGUGAUUGUGCGGAUUGUGACUUCAAGGACUGCAGUGCAUUAAAUCUCAAGUCAGUGCGCACUACUGAUGCAAACCAAACAGUUGUGGUGUAGGUUUAAGAUGAUUUGGACUCACUGUACUGUCAACCUUGUCUCCUGCCACAGAGCAGCAGAGCCAGUGUACAAGGGGAGAUGAGAAGACCAGAGAGUAGACUAGCACUCAAUAAUGAUCUCUGUUGUUUGGAGUUUGACCUGGUGAGAGAGGGGAGCUCACUGCAUUGUAUUUUAUUUUUGGGUCAUUUUGCACUUAAGUCCAAGACACAAUCAAGUGCUUGUAAGUUUCCAGCCAACACAAUUAAAAUCCAGGGAUUGGCUGAACCACUACAACUAUUUUUGCAUGACCGUGCAUAAAUGGGUUUAUAUUAUGAUCUGCAUUUCCUCUACUCUGAUGUGUUGUUCCUUCACUAGAAGUCCAUUUGGCACUUUAUUUUUAGUAAGUUAGUAUGGUCAGUGUAUACACGUUUUGAAUUAUCUUAGUAAAGGUUGUAUGAUGGCUGAUUUAACAGCAGCUGGAGACUAUGGCAAACUGCAUGGACGGUAUGCCAAAACUGAGCAAUGCCAAAAUAAUGAAGUACCUGUGAGUUGAACAGACAUUAAAGUAAUCAGCUUUACUCUGUCUUAUGAUACGUCUCAGAAAUUGUAUGGCUUUAUGAUGGUUUUGUUCUUUGACAAAACAUUAACAAUGUAAUUAAAAAAAGCUAUUUAUUUUGUCAUGUCGCCAAGGGCGUUUUUGUUGCUUUAGCUGAGAUACCUCCUAAUUGUAUUACAAUUUCUCCCAUACUCUCACACUCCCUUUGUUCUGUGUGUUGUGGUAAUGUUAUUGGUUGUUUAUCCUUUAACUACAAUGUAUAAGUUUAGGCUGACAUAAUGUGUUUGGCCAUGCCAAAAAAGCACAAUGUUUAUAGUGGUUUUAAAAAUGUGUUUGAGAAUUAGAAUAGAGCAGCAUUCUGCUUAGUCCUAGUAGUGUAUACUGUACAUGUGUACAAACUGUGUAAGGUAUUCCUUUGGACUGGAGACAAAAUGUAAGGUGACAGUGCCAUUUGUUGACAAUAUAUGGGCCAUCUACUUUUUUAGAAUACAGAGAACACCAAGAACAAUUUUAGCAGGGUCCAAAACUAAUGCAUAGCCAUGCAUGCAACGUCCUCCACGUUGUUAUCACCUAUUUAAUAUUCCUUACAAAUGUCAAUAUCUUAUGUGGUCUGCUAGUUUCUGUUUUCAACAAGGAAAAAAUUGGAAGGGAGAAAAAAAAUCCCAACCACUGAUUUCUUUUUUAAGUGUUUUUAUAAUACGAUGCAUUUGUACAAAAAGACAUAGGCCUACAUGUUUUGAUAAUAAACCAUUUAAUUUAUUGAUAAUGUCAAUAAAUUAACACCUGAUUUGAUGUAACAAAGGGGUCUGCGUGUGAUUACAGAACAUGAAAUAUCUAUGUAAGCCUCAGUUUUUGUAUUAUAAAGAAAGCAAAGUUGCAUUAAAAGAAACAAAAAACGAUACAGGGUUUCCUUCCUGUCAGAGGCUAACUACAAAAGAGGGCUAUGAGAUAACUGAUAGGAGGAUAAAUCAUUAAAAGUGUUCCGGGUGAUUUCCCAUCUCCUUUUUUAUCCUAUCCUCCACCUGCAGGGCCAGGUUAGUGUUGACCAUUGGGAGAUUAUAACUCACAAACACUUGCUUAUUGGUCUUCUUUGCUGCAAAUUAGAAUAGGGAGAAACAAUUUCAGAACAUUUUUUGAGAAUUAACAUGUUAUUUUAGAUUUGGUUGACUGAUAAGACAACGUUGUUUUAUCUUCACCCACAUCAAUGUACAUUUUAUCAGUCUACACAAUAGGAGAAAUGCAAUACGAAUGGAUGAUGCAGCCAAAUUGUUCUGUGA